GCUCUCCAACAUCUAUUUAUUCUUAAUUGGUUGUUGAUAAUUAAAUGUUGAUGCUCUAGAAUAGACUGCCUGUACUAGUUUUAUAGGUAUGUCUCUGAUAUCUAUUUUAAAUAAGCCCGUUGAGCUUUUUAUAAUGCAUCAGUUGAGAGCUGGUUUAGCCCAAACUUUAUAUGAUUGCAACACAUUACAUGCGAGGUUAGCUCUUGGAUGCAUGUAACACACCAAAAUCAUUGGGGGAUGUAUUUUGUAUUGUGUUGGCCAACUACAUGUUUAUACGCUUUUUUUUUUUUCAGAAUUCAAGUCAUUGGUACCUGAGCUAGCACCAUAUCCUGUUGAACUCUUAAAUUUAUAAAAAUCAUAAUUAAAUACGAAUUAACUGUGUUAUAAAAAAAGUUUAAGUGGUCUCACUAAUUGUUGAUUGUGAUUGAAAUUUUGCUAUCUAUAUAUCCUGUUGAUUGUGAUUAAAUUUUCAUAAAAUGACUGUUACUAUCAUUAUUAUUAAAGAUAAAUUUAUCAUUUUAUAAAAGAAGGCAUGAAACCAAGUCAUGUCGGGCGCUUUAGGACAUCAUUGAAAUUUAGAUUAUGGAAUACAUUUUACUUCUAUACAUAGUUAAACUCCUAAUGUGCUCCUUGUUUAUGGAAUAUAUUUCGACAUGUAUUUUUGUCCUUUAUGUGUUUGGGCGGUUUCGAUGAUGACAUCUAAACUUUAUUCUUCCAAGUUAUUUAGUGAAAAUUGCUUGAUAGUAUUGGCAACAAAAGUAGUGAAGAACUAAGAUAUGCCUUUGCAAUGCGCACCUAGCAGGACUGUAUAUGAAGCACUGGUAGAUUUGUCUAUCUUUGCGUACUUUCAAGUUUCAACAUGGAAUAUGACAGGUCUGUAGAAAUUUUGAAGAAAUUUUUGGAUACGGGGAAUGGCAGAAGAUUUCAUUGUCAUGAUCUGAUGAAUCAAAAUUACUUAGAAUAUAGACUGUCUUUUACUUUUAUGGGGAUGAUAUGAAUAUCUUAAGCAUUUACAUUUAAGAAAGAUGAAUAGAAGCUAGUCUCCUUUUUUACCUUAUUUUUAUUUCCUCCUCCCAAGAGUUGCCUUCUCGAGUACUAGAUGUGCUGUGAUGCUAUUCUAGUUUUUUUCAUUGGGCUGGCUGUUAGUGUCAUUAUAUUUCUUCAGCCUCCUUACGGUAUUUUAAAGUCUCUCUCUCUCUCUCUCUCUCUCUCUCUAUCUGCGUUUAUCAGAAAAAGAUAAGAGGGACUCUCACACUAAUUUUACAAGUAGCUUUUUCAUUGCUUUACUUGCUAUCUUUUAGUUGGAUUGAUCAACCUUAUUUUAGCCCCUUUUUAAAAUCAGAAUGCAAUACCAAGUGUUUGAAAAAUUGUAAUAAAAAUCAGAUUGCAAUAGCAAAUGGUUGAAAAAUUGUAAUAAAAAAGGAAAUCAUUAUCUGUCUCUUUUUUUGAUGUGGUCAAAGGGCGAAGAGCGAAUAUGAUGUGCUGUGCUUUUCUCAAUGUAAGUUAUAAGGUAACGAAGCAAACUUCUUGCAUUUUUCAUAAUCGGGAGUGUGCGUCUCUCUGUAUAGUACAGUGAGAUGAGAAAAGUGAGCAAGAGUAGCUUUCUAUAUGACUAGGAACUCUGGGGGUCAGUUUCUUUUCAUAUCUCAAAAAUGUUCGUUUCCUGUAUCUUUGGCAAUAUUUUGUGACGUAUAUUACUACAUCAAUUACGGGUAGGGCUUUUUCAAAUGCCAGGAUUCAGCUUGUUUGCCAGCCACAGAUCAGAAUGGUUGAUAGGCCUUCCUCAACCCUUGAUGGUUGAUCCUUGUAUGGACGUGCUAGGAUUCGGAUAGCUUUAGGUUGCCUUGGAUAAUGAUGUUAGCAUUUUAAAGUUGGGCAUGGCCUGACCAUCGAUAAAACCCACAAAUCCGAGAAUGGGCUCAUCCAAUAUGUAGCCGCUAAGCGACAUUUUCCGAACUGUAGACAAGAGGUUAGGCUGGAGCAAAUAGCAAUGGUCAAGUUGCUUACUUGUGUGUGGUUGGUUCAGCCUAUUUUUUAAAAAACUGCAAGUUGCAAGUCGUUUCCCGAUCUCCAAAGGUCACCUGAUAAAUUUUAACUUCAUCUUUACACGUUAAGGCUGACCAGCUGAGUACAGCACCUUUAAACCCUAAGCCUGAAUCAGUUAAAAGUAUCAACUUUCCGUUCAACUGAUUGGUUUGAUAUCUGAGAACGAUUUUUUUUUCUUUGUCGUCUUUCAACACCUUUCCUCAAAUGAAAUCUACCACUUUAUACACAUAAGUUAACUUAAUCAUGUGCUCGAAACAUGGCUUGUUUUGUUCUUGGUAAAUCCUGGAGGCCCUUGUGGCUUACCUUGGAGUUUGCAGACCAUCAAGCUAUCCUUUGCCUAGCUCCAAAAGCCUGGCGUACGUAUUUAACAUUUCUUUAUUUAUGUAAUUUUGUCCUUUUUCUCCCUUGCGUUGGUCUGUCAUUGGUGCCUUAAGAAACCACGCAAACUUUCUAUAGAAUUGGGGUGCAUGUGCUUGCUUAUAAAUAGGUCCCUAUGCUCCAUACUCCCAGCACAUGAAUUCCACUUUCUUUCCCAUUACCCUUUUAUACCUAUAUAUAGAUAUAACAUCUCGUUUCCCCGCCCAAUCCUCUACCAUGGCUCUUACUCAGCUUCUCAUUCCUCUAUUCUUCCUUAGUUCUCUUCUCAUGCUUUCAGGAGCAUACUCGGCUACAUUUACAUUCUCAAACAAGUGCAGCUACCAAGUUUGGCCGGGCAUACUCUCAAACGCUGGCAUCCCACAACUUCCCACCACAGGCUUCGCUCUCCAACCAGGUGAAUCAAACACCAUCUCUGUGCCUGCUUCCUGGUCUGGCCGUUUAUGGGGUCGCACUCUCUGCACCCAAGAUGCCACCACAGGCAAAUUUACUUGCUUGACAGGUGACUGUGGCUCCUCUACUAUCCAAUGCUCCGGUAACGGCGCUGCCCCACCUGCCACCCUUGCAGAAUUCACCCUUAAUGGAGCUGACGGCCUUGAUUUCUACGAUGUCAGCCUUGUGGACGGAUACAACCUGCCAAUGCUAAUAGCACCACAAGGGGGAACCGGAGGUAAUUGUACGAUGACGGGCUGUGGUGUGAACUUGAACAAUGCAUGUCCGUCGGAGCUGAAGGUAAUGGACGGCGAUAAUGGAGAGAGCGUGGCGUGUAAGAGCGCGUGCGAGGCGUUUGGGGACCCGCAAUAUUGCUGCAGUGGGGCAUACGGGAACCCGAAUACAUGCAAGCCUAGCUCUUACUCGGAGUUCUUUAAGAAUGCUUGCCCUCGAGCUUACAGCUAUGCCUAUGACGAUGGAACCAGCACUUUUACUUGCGCAGGAGCCAACUAUGCCAUUACAUUUUGUCCUUCUCCUUCUUCUACGAGUGUAAAGUCGGCAAAUGGGCAGUAUCCAGAAGCUGUGGAAGUCUCAGGUGGCACUCAUAGGACGUCACCCUAUCUAAUUGGCGGUGCCAUCACCAUUCUGGCGGCAAAUUGGCGGUUGUGGCAGCUGCUUUUUUGACCAUGCCGCACGCCACCACUUGCAAAAACAGGCCGAGUUCAAUAAUCAGAUGCAAAUAUCUCUAGGAACUUGAGAUGGGUCGUCUCAGAUGAUGAACUUGGAGAAUGGCCUGCAUACAGGGUGUUUUGUUGUUUGUUGCUGAACUUGGAUAGAAGUUGGGAAUAGCAUAGAAAACAAGGGACAAAAGUGUUGCCUGCGUCAGCAGUCACGUUUGUGAUUGGAAAAGAGAUGCAGAAACAGAGACAUCGUAGUUGUAAAACCAAAUGAGAGCACAGCAACAAGUGGAUGCUUUAAUUUAUUGUUUUUGGCGUACAAUGAAUGUGAAUAUUUGUUGGAUUGUGUAAUUAUUAUUUCUAUAUUAACUUUUGCCAAUUAAUGCCAACUUUGAUUAGUUCA